CUGGCGGUGGUGGAGGUGGCGGCGGGAGCCGGGUGACUCGCUGAGGGGUGCCUCGGCCAUGACUGCGGAGCUGCAGCAGGACGACGUGACCGGGGCGGCCGAUGGCCACGGCUCGAGCUGCCAAAUGCUGUUAAAUCAACUGAGAGAAAUCACAGGCAUUCAGGACCCUUCCUUUCUUCACGAAGCUCUAAAGGCCAGUAACGGUGACAUCACUCAGGCUGUCAGCCUUCUCACUGAUGAAAGAGUGAAGGAGCCCAGUCAAGACACUGUUGCUACAGAACCAUCUGAAGUAGAGGGGAGUGCUGCCAACAAAGACGUGUUAGCAAAAGUGAUAGACCUUACUCAUGAUAACAAAGAUGAUCUUCAGGCUGCCAUUGCUCUGAGUCUCCUGGAGUCCCCCAAAAUCCAAGCUGAUGGAAGAGAUCUUAACAGGAUGCACGAGGCAACCACUGCAGAAACUAAACGCUCAAAAAGAAAACGCUGUGAAGUCUGGGGAGAGAACCCCAAUCCCAAUGACUGGAGGAGAGUUGAUGGCUGGCCAGUUGGGCUGAAAAAUGUUGGCAAUACAUGUUGGUUCAGUGCUGUUAUUCAGUCUCUCUUUCAGUUGCCUGAAUUUCGAAGACUUGUUCUCAGCUAUAGUCUGCCACAAAAUGUACUUGAAAAUUGUCACAGCCACACGGAAAAGAGAAAUAUCGUGUUUAUGCAAGAGCUUCAGUAUUUGUUUGCUCUGAUGAUGGGAUCAAAUAGAAAAUUCGUAGACCCUUCUGCAGCCCUGGAUCUGUUAAAGGGAGCAUUCCGGUCAUCGGAGGAACAGCAGCAAGAUGUGAGUGAAUUCACACAUAAGCUCCUGGAUUGGCUGGAGGAUGCAUUCCAGCUAGCUGUUAAUGUUAACAGCAAUCCCAGGAACAAAUCUGAAAAUCCCAUGGUGCAGCUAUUCUACGGUACUUUCCUGACUGAAGGGGUUCGCGAAGGAAAGCCCUUUUGUAACAAUGAGACCUUCGGCCAGUAUCCCCUCCAGGUAAACGGUUAUCGCAACUUAGACGAAUGUUUGGAAGGGGCCAUGGUGGAGGGUGACAUUGAGCUUCUUCCUUCUGAUCACUCAGUGAAGUAUGGACAAGAGCGUUGGUUUACAAAGCUACCUCCCGUGUUGACCUUUGAACUCUCCAGAUUUGAGUUCAAUCAGUCUCUUGGGCAGCCAGAGAAAAUUCAUAAUAAGCUGGAAUUUCCUCAGAUUAUUUAUAUGGACAGGUACAUGUACGGGAGCAAGGAACUUACUCGGAAUAAAAGAGAGUGUGUUCGGAAGUUGAAGGAGGAAAUAAAAAUCCUGCAGCAAAAAUUGGAAAGGUAUGUGAAGUACGGCUCGGGCCCGGCUCAGUUCCCACUCCCCGACAUGUUGAAAUACGUUAUUGAAUUUGCUAGUACAAAACCUGCCUCAGAAAGCUGUCCGUCUCCAAGUGACACAUGCGUGACAUUACCACUUCCUUCAGUGCACUGCCCAGUUUCUGACCUGACAUCCAAAGAAAGUACAAGUCCAGAAAGCACUUCUCAGGAUGUUGGAAGUACCUUUUCUUCUGAAGACUCCCUUCACAAAUCUGAGGUACGGAAGACCGCCCCACGGUCUUCCCUGGAAAUGCCUACUCAACCAGCUCCCCGAACAGUCACAGACGAGGAGAUGAACUUUGUUAAGACCUGUCUUCAGAGGUGGAGGAGUGAGAUUGAACAAGAUAUACAAGAUUUAAAGAAUUGUAUUGCAAACACCACCCAGACUAUUGAGCAGAUGUACUGCGAUCCUCUCCUUUGUCAGGUGCCUUAUCGCUUACAUGCAGUUCUUGUUCAUGAAGGACAAGCAAAUGCUGGACACUACUGGGCCUAUAUUUAUAACCAACCCCGCCAGAUCUGGCUCAAGUACAAUGAUAUCUCUGUCACUGAGUCUUCCUGGGAGGAACUUGAGAGAGAUUCCUAUGGGGGCCUGAGAAAUGUCAGUGCGUACUGUCUGAUGUAUAUUAAUGACAAGCUACCCCACUUCAGUGCAGAGUCAGCCCCCAGUGAAUCAGAUCAGAUGAUGGGAGAAGUGGAAGCUCUGUCUGUUGAACUCAAGCAUUAUAUUCAAGAAGAUAACUGGCGGUUUGAGCAGGAAGUAGAGGAGUGGGAAGAAGAGCAGUCUUGUAAAAUCCCUCAAAUGGAAUCCUCUAAUGGCUCAACAUCACAGGAUUUCUCUACAUCACAAGAGCCUCCAGCAGCCUCUUCUCCUGGGGCUCGCUGCCUGUCAUCUGAGCAUGCUGUGAUUGUGAAGGAGCAGACUGCCCAGGCCAUUGCAAACACAGCGCGUGCCUAUGAGAAGAGUGGCGUAGAAGCAGCACUGAGUGAGCCUAAGGAAGCUGAACCUGAGAGGUCCGUGCCCCAGGAAACAGACCUUGCAGAGCAGUCAGAGCAGCCCCAGAGGGCUAUUGAUGCAGAAUCUGCUGCCCAGCCUAAUUCUGAGGUCUCUGAAGUCGAGAUACCCAGUGUGGGAAGGAUUCUGGUUAGAUCUGAUGCAGAUGGCUAUGAUGAGGAGGUGAUGCUGAGCCCUGCCAUGCAAGGGGUCAUCCUGGCCAUAGCUAAAGCCCGUCAGACCUUCGACCGAGAUGGGUCUGAAGCAGGGCUUAUUAAGGCAUUCCAUGAAGAAUACUCCAGGCUCUAUCAGCUUGCUAAGGAGACCCCCACCUCUCACAGCGACCCUCGACUUCAGCAUGUCCUUGUCUACUUCUUCCAAAAUGAAGCACCCAAAAGGGUAGUGGAACGGACCCUUCUGGAGCAGUUUGCAGAUAAAAAUCUUAGCUAUGAUGAAAGAUCAAUCAGUAUUAUGAAGGUGGCUCAGGCUAAACUGAAGGAAAUUGGUCCAGAUGACAUGAAUAUGGAAGAGUACAAGAAGUGGCACGAAGAUUACAGUUUGUUUCGGAAGGUGUCCGUGUAUCUCCUAACAGGCCUGGAGCUCUAUCAGAAAGGAAAGUACCAAGAAGCACUGUCCUACCUGGUAUAUGCCUACCAGAGCAAUGCUGCGCUGCUAAUGAAGGGGCCCCGCAGGGGGGUGAAGGAGUCGGUGAUCGCGUUAUACCGGAGAAAAUGCCUUCUGGAACUGAAUGCCAAAGCAGCUUCUCUUUUUGAAACGAAUGAUGACCACUCUGUAACAGAGGGUAUUAAUGUGAUGAAUGAGCUGAUCAUUCCCUGCAUUCACCUGAUCAUCAAUAAUGACAUCUCCAAGGAUGAUCUGGAUGCAAUUGAAGUCAUGAGAAACCAUUGGUGCUCUUACCUCGGGCAAGAUAUUGCAGAAAAUCUGCAGCUGUGCUUAGGGGAGUUUCUACCCAGGCUUCUAGAUCCUUCUACAGAAAUUAUCGUCUUGAAAGAACCUCCAACUAUUCGUCCCAAUUCUCCCUAUGACCUUUGUAGCCGAUUUGCAGCUGUCAUGGAGUCAAUUCAAGGAGUCUCAACUGUGACAGUGAAUUAAACCCCUCGUGUUCAAGAUCCUGGUCUCUGCUACCUGUUGCACAGCAGUCUGUUGUUAUGGUAUUCACCUGGGGAGAGGUAUUAGGUAAACAAGUAAGAUUCAGAUCCAUACCCCCAUCCAUGCCGUUUAAAGGAGGAUUAAAGAUAAAAUUGCACUUUUUAAGUACAGAAUCAUGAAAGUUAUUUACUAGAAAAGGCAGGGGGCAUUGUGUUGAGGUAUUUAAUUGUGCCAGAAGACCUGAAAUGCCUUUGAACCUUCCUUAUGCUUGGGCUUUUCUAAGCCUUUUGCCACUUUUUAAAUUAUCCUUCAGGCAUAAAUAUUUGACAGCAGAAUAGAAGUGAUUCAUCAGAACCUGAACCAGAUGAAUAGCUCUUAGUGAUUUUAUCAAAUGCAGGUGACAUUUAAAUACUCUUAACUACUAGAGAUUAGUAAUAGAAACAUAGCCUAGCUCUUGACAGGCGAUGAUAAAAUGACUUGUUGAUGAACCUCUGCCCUUUACAUGUGGGUGGAACAUAAGAUCACAUAGCAGUAAGAAGCUGAGAAGUCAAAGGAAGGCUGAGUCUCUUUCGUUCUUCUCUUCUAGAUCUCUAAACAAACCAGAAAACCUCACAGUCAGUCUGAGUGAAAGAAAGGAAAGUACUGAGGACUUUCAACAGAAUAGCAUUGUGAAGCUUGACUAACGAUAGCGUUUUAGUCGUUAACCAUUUAGGCAAAAUUUUCCAGAUAUCUGAAAAUUGUCAAAAACAGGUGUCUAAGGCUACUUCUGGCCAAAUACAUUUUGAUUCCCUUUUCCUUUUUUUGAUUUUAAGAAAUAAGGGAUGUGGAUUUGUAAAAAGAAAAUAAAAUCUAUAUAUAUAUAUAUAUAUAUAUGUGUGUGUAUAUAUAGAGAGAGGAAAAAACCAUUUUUAAAGACUCCUAAUUGGGAAUUAACAUUUUAACCAAAUUUUAAAGGUUAAUGGAGAAAUCAUGGGAGGG